AUGAGGAAUUUUGGAAUUGGUAACCUUGAAAUUAGGAAUUUUGGAACUAGGAAUUUUGGAAUUGGUAACCUUGAAAUUAGGAAUUUUGGAAUUGGUAACCUUGAAAUUAGGAAUUUUGGAAUGAAUAAGGCCAGCACAAAAGAGCCAGGGAUUAGGAAUUUUGGAACUAGGAAUUUUGGAAUUGGUAACCUUGAAAUUAGGAAUUUUGGAACUAGGAAUUUUGGAAUUGGUAACCUUGAAAUUAGGAAUUUUGGAAUUGGUAACCUUGAAAUUAGGAAUUUUGGAACUAGGAAUUUUGGAAUUGGUAACCUUGAAAUUAGGAAUUUUGGAACUAGGAAUUUUGGAAUGAAUAAGGCCAGCACAAAAGAGCCAGGGAUUAGGAAUUUUGGAACUAGGAAUUUUGGAAUUGGUAACCUUGAAAUUAGGAAUUUUGGAACUAGGAAUUUUGGAAUUGGUAACCUUGAAAUUAGGAAUUUUGGAAUUGGUAACCUUGAAAUUAGGAAUUUUGGAACUAGGAAUUUUGGAAUGAAUAAGGCCAGCACAAAAGAGCCAGGGAUUAGGAAUUUUGGAACUAGGAAUUUUGGAAUGAAUAAGGCCAGCACAAAAGAGCCAGGGAUUAGGAAUUUUGGAACUAGGAAUUUUGGAAUGAAUAAGGCCAGCACAAAAGAGCCAGGGAUUAGGAAUUUUGGAACUAGGAAUUUUGGAAUGAAUAAGGCCAGCACAAAAGAGCCAGGGAUUAGGAAUUUUGGAACUAGGAAUUUUGGAAUUGGGAAGAUUGGAAUUAAGAAUUUUGGAAUGAGUAAGGCCAGCGCAAAAGAGCUGGGAUUAGGAAUUUUGGAAUGA